ACCUUGUGGAGUAUUUUUAUUUUGAAACGCACGAGGGAAAUAAUUUAUUUAUUCCGUCUUGAUGUUUCAAAUGGUGAUGAAAUCAGAAACAUUUGUUAUUAAAGUAUUUUUUACCAGAACAUUCCAUAUCUGAAGUUCAGAUACCAUUAAUUUUCAUUUCGGUAGUAGGUCUCGAAAAAUAAUCCAACGACUAAAGGAAUCCAUCUUAUCUAAUAAUCAUGGACUUCGAUCUGUUAGAUUCUUUAGAUGAUUUGGGGUAUUCAUUAAAAGAUGAUUGUAAAAUAAAGGAUAUUCUUAAAGUUGGUCCCAAAUCUAUUGAGUUCACUCAACUUGUGGAAUGGUUUUCCAAAGAACUUCAGGCUUUACUUGAGAUUGAUUCAUGUGUGAAUGCCAUUACAGAUCCUGAUGAUUCCAGUACAUUUUUAUUGGAAGUCAGUUCUUUUCUAAAGGAAUUAAAAUGCCCAUACAAAGUUUUAGUGAGUGGUCCAAUCAGCCAAAGACUUCUACAUGAAGAAAGUAGAUUAACCUUGCUUGAUUAUUUAUGUACAGAAUUGCAAGCUGCUCGUGUAAUUCACCAUAGAACAAAGAAGAAAAAAGCUCUGGAAAUAGAAAUGGAUGAUAGUACUAUCGCUUCAUCUCUGAAUAAUGUGCAAAAUGUCUUGGGUAUCAAAAUGGGUGAAAAUGAUAAUCUAGUUUCUAUAUUCAAUGAAAUAGAGGAAAAGGUGAAAGAGCACAUUUCUAGUGAUCCAGAUGUUCUUUCAAAGCCUGCCUUAGAAGAAAGUCUUUCUGAAGAACAGUGGGAUUCAUUAAAUGAUUUAUAUAAAGACUUCCUUCAAGAUUAUCAUGUCCGUCGAGAACUACUGUUAACUCGGCUAGAUGUAACCAUUCAAUCGUUCAAAUGGGGUGAUGGAAGCAAAGGAAAAGAAAAUGAGAUCUUAAAAGCUUAUGUCUAUAAAAGAGCAAAGUUAAAGAAAACUCCCUCUGUAAAGUUAUCUGAUGUAUUAUCUGCUAGAGAAAGCAUAUUUAUAAUUGAAAAAACUAGUAGUGAUGAGCUUGUUAAAAACACAAAAUCAUCAUUGAAGCGUUUCCUUAUUGCAGCCGUUCCUGAUAGAGGUGGCCGUCCUAAAGAGCAACAGCCAUAUGUUGAGAUGCCCAAUUGGAAAAAAAGGCAAGGUGGUGGUGGGGGGGGAGGAGGAAGAGGGGAUCACAGAGGAGGUGGCGGUGGCCGCCACGGAGGUCAAAAGAAAUAUAGAGGCUCUAAAGGCGGUGACAAAAAAGGAGGAAAUUUUGAUGCUGCAGGUUCUUAUUGAGCAGCAACCUUUUCCUUUUUUUAAAAAAUUUUCGUUACUGAUAUUUCUUUAAGUUUCAAGGAAUUGAAUAUUUUGAUUUAACAUAGAAGACAGUGUAUUUAUUUUGACUGUUUAUACUGUAUGUUUUGUCUGAAAAUAAAGAUCAAUAAAUUGUUUUAUCCUUGUUA